AUGGAACCGGUCUCACAGGCGCAACCGCCGACUACGCAAAGCGUCAACAGUGGGCCAGUGGUAGCCGGGUCUUACGCGACCGCAGUUGAUGAUACUGCGUCGCCGCGUUCGAAGCAGAGUAGCCGUAGCACCGGUCAGGAGAAGAGCAAACGCAGCGUCGACUAUGUCUUGAGAAGUGGACUUGCGGGGGGGUUGGCUGGUUGUGCAGCCAAAACAGUAGUUGCGCCCCUUGAUCGAGUUAAAAUCCUUUUCCAGGCGUCGAACCCCCAAUUCGCCAAAUAUACUGGUAGCUGGUUCGGCCUCAUCUCCGCGAUUCGGGAUAUCAAGCGAUUUGAAGGCACUCGAGGUCUCUUCCGGGGCCAUUCGGCGACUCUGCUUCGGAUAUUCCCCUAUGCCGCAAUCAAGUUCCUUGCCUACGAGCAGAUUCGUGCGAUGCUGAUCCCGUCUCGAGAUAAAGAAACGCCGUUCCGUCGGUUAAUAUCGGGUAGUCUGGCGGGGGUCACGUCGGUAUUUUUCACCUAUCCGUUGGAGUUGACUCGCGUACGGUUAGCAUUUGAGACAAAGAAAUCCUCGCGCUCGUCAGUUAUCGAUAUGCUCCGAACGAUCUAUCACGAACGUGUAUCCCCGCCAGCUGGUGGCGCGGGAGCUACCUCCUCAGGAACUGCCACCACCGCCGCUGAGCGAGUGUCAACAGCAACCAGGAAAAUGAUUCCUAGCUCUGGGAUAGCAAACUUCUAUCGUGGAUUCACCCCGACGGUUCUUGGAAUGCUCCCCUACGCGGGUAUAUCAUUCCUCACCCAUGACACUGUGGGCGACUGGCUUCGUUCACCUGCCCUCUCACCCUACACCACCAUCCCAGAAUCCGAGUCUUCUACCUCAAGCCGCAGCCGGAGCGGCUUGCACCGAACACAACUCACAGCCGCCGCAGAACUCUUCUCUGGUGCUGCAGCCGGCAUGGUUUCCCAAACCUCCUCCUAUCCACUCGAAGUCAUGCGACGCCGGAUGCAGGUCGGAGGCGUAGUCGGGGAUGGCCGUCGCCUUGGACUCGCUGAGACAGCCGGCAUAAUCUGGCGGGAGCGAGGAUUCCGUGGAUUUUGGAUCGGGCUGACGAUUGGUUAUGUUAAGGUGGUUCCGAUGGCGGCUACCAGUUUCUUUGUGUAUGAGCGUCUGAAGUGGUCCUUGGGAAUAUAA